UGCCUUAUAAAAAGAAGGCUUAUGGCAAAGGGAAGAGGUAUCUCAUAAGGAAGAAAAUUAAGAACUGCUGCUUCCUUGAAGGGUGUGUCCAUUGAGGCUGUGCCCAUCAGCAGAAAAUUGCAGCAAGCUAGGCAAGGUUGUAAUGAGCCUAAUGAGAACCUGAGGAGAAAUUAGUCUGGGCUCAGGCUUUCAGCUUCUUGGAGGAGAGGUCUAAAAACCUGUACUGGUGGUAUUUGAGGCAGAGGACUCUUCAGGAAAAGGUCUUGGGUUUUCUAACUCCAGGAAAGAAAGACAAGAAGAUGUGCUACCAGCUCAAAUGUGUUUUCUGUCUGGGGAAAAAAGGUGUGAAGAUAACAUCUUUGUGGGAGCCUGAAGCGUGCACUGCAGGAAAAAUGACAUCUAUGACUGUUGGUGAUGAUGUGCCAUCUUUUUGGGUUUGAUGUGGACAGGGCAGCAUUCCUUAAAGCACCAUAAACCGGCCAGGACCAAUAAUGGCUUUAGAAACCAAGUGGAGAAGUUCUCACAAUUAAGGUGGGGAAUGAGGACAGCUACAGACAGGCACAUAAAUACACAGAAAGGCAGCUCUGUGUGCACACUGUGGGUUCUGGGAUUGAGACAACACCUCCUGCUCUGACCUUGGCUUGGACUAAAGAGCUUCCUGCAGCAUGAGGGCUACAGGUGCCUUAGUGCUUCUCAGCCUGCUGCUGCUCUCUUUCUUCUCGGUUCCAGAUGUAGCAGGUCAAGAGAUUGAAGAGAUUUGUAGAGAGUUCGUAAACAGAAGCGUGUACUGCACGAGGGAGUCCAACCCUCACUGCGGCACGGAUGGCGUCACCUACGGGAACAAGUGUGCCUUCUGCAAGGCAGUGCUGAGAAGUGGAGGGAAAAUAAGAUUGAAGCACCUGGGGAAAUGCUGAGUCCUCCCUGGACCGAGCAGCAGGAGCUGAGCCACCCUUGGCUGCGGACACGGGAGCAGCCCGUCCUCCCUCUGCUGCCUCUGCUCAAUAAAAUAACACUCAGCACCAUUCUUUGCCUG